GAGAACUGAGAACCCCAUUUCCUUUCACUCCCUAACACGCACACUCACCUGAAUGUCUGUCUUCCAUCUCAAGCUUCAGAACCAAUCAAUAUCCUCUCUCUCAGAAUGUAACAUUGCUUUUUUUCCGAAUUUUCAUGGAUGAGUUUUUAUGGCUCUAAUUGCGGAGGAGUUCCCUGAAUUUUCGAGUUUUCUUCAUUUGGUCUUUCCUUUUUCGUAGUUCUAGUUUUUUUCUCCAAGCGAAGGACUUUUCUAGAAUAUGCUUCCACCGGUAAAUUUCCGUUAUAUUUUAGUUAUUUCUCCUUCUCUUUUCGUUUGGUUGCUAAGAAAACUGGAGAAACUGCGAUAAAUAAAUUAAAGAGAAAAAUAACGUAUAGGAUUUUUGCUGUGUGCUGUUUCUUUCUCUUUUUCUUUCCUUCUCUUGAGGGGCAAAAAUUAUGAAAAACUUUUGUGGCGGCUUUACUGAGAAAAUUUGGUACAGAAAACUGCUUUCGGUAAAAUCUCUUUAUCUGCCGUUUGGGUGCGGAGAAAACUGAAUGUUGUGUUGUACUUAGUUUUUGUUUCUGAAAAAUGUGAAACUUCUCUUGUCAGCUUAGUCGAGUGGCAAAUUUUAUACUCGUGGUGCGUAAUAUUCAAAGUUUUCUUUUCUUUUCCUCUCCUGCAUUUUUUCUGAAACCAAUAUGGGCGUUUAAGGAGAUAAAAAAUAACUUUUUGGGUUUAAGUUUUGUAGGGAACUGAAGUAAGCCGUAAAUGCUGCCUCAGUUUGUAGAUUGCCAUGUGUGGCCUCAAGAGCUAGACAGAUCCGCUAAUAGUUAUAUCAAUAUAUCAUAAAUCUCCAUCGAAUCGGUAGUGUUGAUUUUUUUUUUCAAUUGCUUUUCUAUUGGUUUGCAGGGUUAUUGAAAGUAGCUCGCAUUUCGAUUGAAUCAAAGCCAAAACCUUAAUCAUCUUGUUAUGUGAAUCGGAGACUGUAUAGUGGUCAAAUAUGAACGGGAAUGGACAAAUGGAGGUGCAUUACAUAAACACCGGCUUUCCUUACAUGGUUACGGAAAGUUUUAUGAACUUCUUUGAAGGUCUCACACAUGUACCAAUAAAUUAUGGCCAUUCUCUACCAAUACAUGAUCAGGAAAGUGCAUACUGGUCAACGAAUAUGAGUUCCUAUAAAUUUGGAUUGUCCGGCCCAGGGAGUAGUUACUAUGGUCCUUACGAGGUAAAUGAACAUUUACCAAGAACGGAGGUCAGUAGGAGUGUCUGGGAAUAUCCUUCGACAAUGAAUCGAGAGCAUGCAUUUGCAGACUCACAGUCUGAAGGAGAUGCAAUCAUGGGUGUACAUUCUAUUCCUGAAGAAUGCAGUCCAACACAUCAUAAUAGUAAUAGUUCUCAGGUCACAUGGCAAGACAGUGUUGAUCCUGAUAACAUGACUUAUGAGGAACUACUUGACUUAGGUGAGGCAGUUGGAACUCAAAGUCGGGGUCUUUCACAAGAACUUAUUAGUUUGCUUCCAACUUCAAAGUACAAAUUCAAAAAUUUCUUCUCAACAAAGAAAUCUGGAGAGAGAUGUGUGAUAUGCCAGAUGAGGUACAAAAGGGGUGAUCGGCAGAUAAAAUUGCCAUGCAAGCAUGCUUACCAUAGCGUAUGCAUCACCAGAUGGCUUAGCAUUAACAAGAUAUGCCCAGUUUGCAAUGCAGAGGUAUUCGGUGAGGAAAAUCAAAGCGUUAACGGCAUCCACUGACCAAAUCAUUGAAAGAACUGAGUGUUUUCUGCUCCAUCAAUUUCACUUAUCCCU